UAUUAUAACCUUACAAUUAUACUUUCCACCAAAUAACGGAGAUGUUUUCCUGAGUGCGAGCGCGUGCGGGUCAUAAUGUAAUCACAGAUGCUGUAUCGAGUGUCUGUCGUGUUGUGCAGCUGAAUGCGUGUCAGUGAUGAGAUUAAUCACGCAUAUCCAGUGCCAUCCAUCUCUCGCCCAAAGAAGGCGUGUCGCUUCCCGGUCAGUAGCAUCAUCCGGCGGCUCUUUGUCCCGCUGCUGUGUGAGUGUGUGUGUGUGUGUGUGUGUGUUGUGUUCAGUACCGGGCAGAGCUGCUCGAGUCAUGGCGGCAGCGCCUGCGAAUCCUCGCACCGGGAGCACGAGAGCGCAGCUGCCGCCCUGUUAUUACGAGGGACACCUGGAGAAAAGAGGAGCGAAAGAGAAGGUAGCUCGGCGUUUAUGGACCUGUUUAUGUGGAAACACGCUGUACUUCUUCAACAGCCCUAAGGACACAAAUCAUGUAGAGAAGCUGGAUCUGAGUGGGUUUGUGUCUUUGAUCGAUGACCCAAGUCGUGAUAAGAAUCUGGAGGCAGCCAGACUGAACCUCCGCAUGAAGGAUGGAGAAAUCAAACUCACUGCACCGAAUCUGGAGGCGCGUGAGCUGUGGAAAGGUUUUCUUUACUCGGUCGUAGAUCUGGCUGUGCCCACGACUCUCACCCUCCUGCCCGGGCAGCUGCACAUGCUGAAGGAAGUCGUGGAGAAAGAAAAAAUGCGUCGAAAGGCACGAGCGUCUUCCAGAGCCCCCUCGUCCCCCCUCUCGCUCCCGCUGGUGGGGGAAAUACCUGCGUGUUUCAGGCCUGUGUCUCGUACUGAAGCUGAGGUACUGUUAGAAAGACAUCCAGACUGCGGGAACAUGCUGCUCAGACCAGGCCGGGACGGAUCUUCACUCGCCGUCACAACACGACAAGACCUGAAUGGAUCAGUGUUCAGGCAUUACAGAGUGACACAGAAGCAGCAGGGUGGUUACAUUAUCGAUGUGGAAAACCCAAUCCCCUGUCCCACACUGCAUGAUGUCAUCAAUGCACUGGUGGAGAAAACCGCCGGGACUCUUCAGCCCUUUAUAUUAGAAGAGCCUUAUGAGGAGAACAUCACGUUUGUGUCGUCCAAUGAUGAGAAUGGAGAGCGAACCCUGCACUGUGCUCCCACUGGACCUCUUUCUCGAGCUCCAUCACUGCCACCUAAACAAGUAGGUACAGACAGAUGGUCACUGCGGUCACAGACGAGAUCUCCCAGUUCCUCACCAAGAUCCUUUUCCCCGUCUGGCUCUCCGUCCAACUCCAUGAGAAGGCUGGUUCUGUCUCCCUCACCGCUCUCUCAGAGCCUCACAGACGAGCUCAAACAGAAGCUGGAGAAGAGACGGACUAGUCAAGAGUGAUUUCCUCCUCGUUUCUGCCCACUCUUCGUCGUCGUCUCAUUCUUCCAGUGCCUUCCAAUAAAGACUGAUGUCCUGUUGAACGGACAAGGACUCCCUGUAAUCGACAUUCUUCCCUUGGUGUGACUGAAACAAUGCCACUUUAUUUGGCUCUAUUAAGAACACGAGAGCAGAGGUCCACCAGCUUAUCCUGCCUCAUAAUAAUGCCGUCGCGGAAUGAUGCCAUUUCUGUUGAGACUAUUGAAAUUUAAAUGGGAAAAAUCUGAGCCAAGAUUCUCUAUACCUCUUACUCUCUCUAUUCUAUUAAUUAGACCUUAACUCAGGUUUCUACUGUCAAACCAUGAGUCGAGAGGACAUAGGACAUUUCCACACAUUUAAGAAAGAAGCACAUCAAACUCGUCUUAAAGUGAAGGACUUGUAUUACUGGUUUUAAUCAAACACUAACUGUGAACUGGAGAGAAGUGAUCUAAAUGCUCAGAUGAAUGUGAAUCUGGUAUGGUUCGAGGUAGGGUCCAAAAUUAACACUCGCCAAGCACCAAAUGUGCAUAUAAAUCGGGUUAAUAAAAAGCAAAAACAUUUUGCAGAUGCUUUUAUCCAAAGUGACUUUGAUUGUAUUUGAAUCAGUGCUCUCUGAGAUUUGAACCCAUGACCUUGGCAUUGCUAGUGCAAUGCUCUGCUGUUUGAUCUGCAAAUAAAAAUGCUAACUUUAUUAGGAAUGUGAAAUUAAUAUUGAUGAUGAUUUCAAUUGAAUUGUAAGUCUGACUCUCACUGCUGAAAGUGGCAUGCUGUAAAAAAAAAAAAAAAAAAAAAAAAAAGCUGCUAUAAAAAGCUCCUAAAAUCAGCAUAAUGGUCAAAACCAAUCUAAAACCAGCUAUUAUGAGGCUAUAAGACUAGCUCAAGUGAUUCAGCCAUCUUAGGCUGGUUUCAGCUGUUUGUUUGUUUUUUCAGACUGUCGUGACUGGAUCAAAUAUAUUUUUCCCUCAAAGAAUAUGAAGCAGUUUAUGGCCACUAGGAAUUUUUUGUGGCCAUAAACUGAGAGGUGUGGCAAAAGUUAAUUUUUGACCCUGCGACCCUAGUGUCUCAGUAGAUAUGUUAUGUUUUAAAAUGUGUAUGAUGCUUUUGGACACAUUUGCAGGAUAAACUUCCAAGCUUAUGAAGCAGGUUUUGCUAAAAUGAUAUUUGAAUAUAAAGGACAAUUCAGCCUUCUAGAGGUGAGUUUUUCUCAGAUUUGUAAGCGUUUGUUGAUAGGUUGUGAGACGGUUGCAUUUGUGUUCCUGAUCGACCAACGGUCAUUAUCGGUUUUAUGAACAUGCAUGGUGCUACUGUGACUUUGUAGGUAUGUUUUCAUGUGAUGUUAAAAUCAUUUCUUGUUAUUUAUAACUGAUAUUUAUGGGAAUUAAA